GGCGGGGUGCGGAGGCUGUCGUGAGGGGGCUCUGGCCAAUGGGGAAGCGUGCCGGGCCUGGUGGGCGGGGCGUCGAGGCCUUGUCACGCUCGGGUCCGUGUGAAAACGGGGGUUCCGAGUGCAAAGCAAAGUUUUUUUGUAAACCGUCUGCAAAGGAGGGGGGGCGAAGAAGGCGCCGGAGACCGGGCCGAGUGCAGCUGCCGUGGCCGCCGCCUUUUUAGCUCUUCAGGCGUCGGCUCCCGGGUCCGAGCCACAGCGGAGGAGACCAGCAAGGGAAAGACCUGCGCGGAGAGCCUGCAGAUGCUCGGAGCCUUCGUAGCGCGGAGCUGCCCGUCGCCCGCCCCCGCCGCCCGCCUGCUCCUGCUCCUGCUCCGGCUCUUCGUCCCCGGGCUCCGGGAGCCCCAGCUCCCCGCCGCCGCCGCCGCCUCGGCCUCCGCCGCCCCUCUGUGGGUGUGGGGACUGCUGGGGCUGAGCCGGGCCUCCGCGCCGGCUCCGAGGACGGACGCCUGAGGAGCUGCGCGCCGCCGGCCCGCCGGGGACGCCCGCAGGCGCGGGGGCUCGGCGGCUUGACCCCCGGGCUCGCCCCCGUCCGGCCGCGGAGGCCCGUCAGCGGUUUCCCCAGCGGCCCGGUCGGGCGGCGAGAGACCCGCGCGGCCCUCCCGCCUCGGUCGCCCGGUCGCCGGUCGCCGGCCGCCGGCGACUCGCUGCCACCGCCAGUGUAGCCGCCGGGCCGCGCUCGGCGGGCCCCUGAGCCGCAGCCAUGGGGUGCUGGGGUCGGAACCGGGGCCGGCUGCUGUGCAUGCUGAUGCUGACCUUCAUGUUCAUGGUGCUGGAGGUGGUGGUGAGCCGGGUGACCUCGUCCCUGGCGAUGCUCUCCGACUCCUUCCACAUGCUGUCGGACGUGCUGGCGCUGGUGGUGGCGCUGGUGGCUGAGCGCUUCGCCCGGCGGACCCACGCCACCCAGAAGAACACGUUCGGUUGGAUCCGGGCCGAAGUGAUGGGGGCUCUCGUGAACGCCAUCUUCCUGACCGGCCUCUGCUUCGCCAUCCUGCUGGAGGCCAUCGAGCGCUUCAUCGAGCCGCACGAGAUGCAGCAGCCGCUGGUGGUCCUCGGGGUCGGCGUGGCCGGGCUGCUGGUCAACGUGAUGGGGCUCUGCCUCUUCCACCAUCACAGCGGCUUCGGCAACGAUUCCGGCCACGGCCACUCGCACGGGGGUCACGGCCACCCCAAGGGGGCCCGCGGCAAGAGCAACCGCACCGGGAGCAGCGACAACAGCGUGACCCCAGGCGAGCAGAGGCCCGAACAGGAGGAGACCAACACCCUAGUGUCCAAUAGCAGCAGCUCCAACGGGCUGAAACUGGACCGGCCAGAUCCAGAAAAGUCCAGAAAUGAUGCAGUGGAAGUACAAGUGAAUGGGAAUCUUAUCAGAGAACCUGACCAUAUGGAAUUGGAAGAUGAUAAUAAGGCUGGACAACUUAACAUGCGUGGAGUUUUCCUGCAUGUCUUUGGAGAUGCUUUGGGUUCAGUGAUUGUAGUAGUAAAUGCCUUGGUCUUUUACUUUUCUUGGAAGGGUUGUCCUAAAGGGGAGUUUUGUGUGAAUCCAUGUAUCCCUGACCCCUGCAAAGCAUUUGUAGAAAUAAUUAAUAGUACUCAUGCAACAGUUUAUGAAGCUGGUCCUUGCUGGGUGCUAUAUUUAGAUCCAACUCUUUGCAUUGUAAUGGUUUGUAUACUUCUUUACACAACUUAUCCGUUACUUAAGGAAUCUGCUCUUAUUCUUCUACAAACUGUUCCUAAACAAAUUGAUAUCAAAAAUUUGAUAAAAGAACUUCGAGGUGUUGAAGGAGUUGAGGAAGUUCAUGAAUUACAUGUUUGGCAACUGGCUGGAAGCAGAAUCAUUGCCACUGCUCACAUAAAAUGUGAAGACCCGGCAUCAUACAUGCAGGUGGCCAAAAUCAUUAAGGACGUUUUUCAUAAUCACGGAAUUCACGCUACUACCAUCCAGCCUGAAUUUGCUAGUGUAGGCUCUAAAUCAAGUGUGGUCCCAUGUGAACUUGCCUGCAGAACUCAGUGUGCUUUGAAGCAAUGUUGUGGGACCCGGCCACAAGCCCCUUCUGGAAAGGAUGCAGAAAAGGCCCCGACAGUUAGCAUUUCCUGUUUAGAACUUAGCGACAAUCUAGAGAAGAAGCCCAAGAGGACUAAAGCUGAAAGCAUCCCUGCUGUUGUGAUAGAGAUUAAAAAAAUGCCAAACAAACAACCUGAAUCAUCUUUGUGAGUCUUGAGAAAGAUGUGGUAUUUGACUUUUGCUUUAAACUGCAAGAGGAAAAAGACUCCAUUGAAAUUCUAAGUUUGCCAAGUAGUGUAAUUGAAGUCCUUGUCUGGUCACACAGUUUAAUUCUAUUUUUGUAAGAACAUAAUGGGACUGCUUAACAUAGUUCUAUAUUACAACUUUGUGAUUAUUAGUGCAGAGUACAGCUAUGCUGUAACAAUUUUGGAAAGCCACUUUUAACACUAUGUUACAUUUUUGUUUAAAGUAAGUAUAAACCUUAUAUAACAUAAUGACAUUUGAUUUCCAGUUUUUCCAUGGUAAAAAAUUAAUUAGGGGGAUAAAUAAAUUAAAAUUGUUACUGGAAUUUCUCUGCUUUUCUUUUCCCCCAGUAUUAUACUUUAUUUAUUAGAAUUAGAAUCACUAAACUUUGAAAAUCAUCAACAGGUUCGUUUCCUUUGAUGUUUCGGGUAAUAUUUAUUUGCCCUCUGAGAUCAUUACGUAGCAUAAUGGCAGCAUGUUUUUAAGAAUGACUCAUGGAUAUUAUUAGGAAAGGUUCCCCUUUUUCUUCACAUGGGGUAUUUACGAUACUAAAGAUCAGUUACUGUCCUGGAUUCUGUCUUGCUGAGUAUUAUUCUAAUAAACAAUUGAAAUAAUUAACAAGUUGAACUAUAGUUUACAUAUGAUAGGGCAUAUGAGAGUAAGAUCAGGGAAGAAGGCUCACCAAAUUAAAUAUAUAGAUUGUGGUAAGUUAAUAGACUGCAUUUCUAAAUUAUUCGGAGAAUCUUAACUCCUAUCUUCUUUUACCAAAGUUAGUCUAAAAUGUGGACAUGUUCACCAGCAUCACUUUCUUUGAAAGAUUUUCAUUAGAACAUUGAGCUGAAAGUUGGCUUACGAAAUAUAUACAGUAAGUAUUUUUAAGGCCGUUAAAGCUAACCUAAUAAUUACCUGUUAAAUGGCAAGCUUAUUCAUGUAAUCUUUUCAGUUGUAGAUAUUUACAAAAAACUUAACGUUAGUCGUUUCACGGUGACCAAUCAUGAAUGGAUCCAAACAGCUUUUUUCGAGCACAACCAGCAGUUCUUGUGCUUUGCCCAGAGCCACUGACUUAGGGGGGAGAGAAAAGAAAUCUAAGGGUUAAUACAAUUUGGAUACUAAAGUCGUAGAAAGCAAAGUUAACGAAGGCAAAAUUAAUCAUUAAGAUUCUGUAGGUCAUCCAAUCUUGACCUAUCUCGGAUCUUCUAAUAGUGGUCUAUUUUGUAAGAUUGCCACAGUAUCUACACAGGAUGUUCCUGGCUAUGACAUUGUUGCUGUGGGUUUCAAAUCCAUACACAAAUAUUAUUUAAGGCUAGUUAAGUUAUAUUUUUCUUGACAGAGAGGGGCUAUGCUUUGUGAAGAAACUAGAGUUUUGUCCUCAAAAGGAUGAAUAGGAGUGUCGGUUAUCAUGUAUAGCUCUAUUUUUCUAGAAAUAAGGUAUCCUGACUACUUCAGUAACUUUUAUAGCUGACUACUUUUGGGGUGGCUGUCUUUUGGGAUUUGAAAUAAUUCAUUGUUGAAUGGGUCUUAAGAUGAAGGCAUCGGCAUUGGGCAGUUAACUUUUUAAAGGGAUCUUUUGUGGUAGAUGGUGUGUUUUUUUCUAGUAUAAGCCUAUUGCUGGCAAUGGGCCUAUUUAAGAACAGCCGAUUUUUCCAAUGAGAAUGAGGUAAUUUUAGGAACACCGUUUGUAAGUUCACAUUUGCUAUAAUGGGCCAAAACCAUAACCUGCCAAUUUGCAAUACAUCUUGAUCUUUUAAUACUCUUAUCUGAUAAUUGUGUAAUUCAAUUCCUAAACUGGAAGUUACUUUGAAUUUUGCAAAACAGUUUUUUAAACAUGAAAUUUGGGAAUCUCCUUAUUUGGGUAAACGAGAAAGAAAGCUUGAAACUGUACUGUUACCAUGUACAUUCCUGACUUAACACUUAAAACUACAAAACGUUUCAUUAAGAUCUUAAAACACUCUAUGUUACAGAAACAUUUUGGUAACAAUGCAUACAAUAGGAUAAUUGGUAAAAUACAUUCAGCGGGGUUUUCUUUACAAAUGCUCUAUUGGGUCUUUCUUAAAGGUUGUACAACGUAUAAGACAUCAGCUAACUGAGUUUUUGUUUCUGUUUUUGUUUUAAUGGUGUACAGGCAUGGAACAAGGGCUUUUUUUUUUUUUUUUCCCCAAAAGUGCUUUGGAGGUAAAAGCCUUUAGAUUUCAGUUAUUUCACUUUGCAUAAUUUUUAAGUAGCUUAUAUGUAACAAAGUGGUACCACAGAAUUCUUUUUUUCAGAGGACUUUGUCAUAAUAGCAAAAUCAGUGGGCACUGACUCACCUUUUGAGUUUUAGCAGAGAAUUAUUUAUUUCUUUACAAUGCACUUUCUAACCCAUUUUUAGCAUUAUCUUUUUAAAAAUGCUUUUAUAUUUAAAUAUUGUGGGAUUUAAGUGUCUUUUCCAAAAUAGCUUAUUCCUCCCUGAAAGAAAAUGAGGGGAAUACCCUGAAUUAUUAGGAGACUUAAACCCAAUAUUUAAAUAUGCUUUUUAUAGCAAUGCAUCAAUUUUAGGAGGUGCAUCUCUCCUGCUGGCUCUUUUAUAUUUGAGCAAGAUCAGUGUGUUUAGAAUAUGUGUUUAGAAACUUGUCUGUUGUCUCGGUUUUGUGAAAAGGAGGUGCUGCAUGUGCCUGAAUUAAAACCAACGCAAAUUUUUCCAAGCCAAAUGCCGCCUUAGUGAUGAGAGUGAUUUCAUUCUCCACUGUCACCUUAUAGCUUCUAUGAUUGUUUAAAGGUUUUUUUUGAAGGGCAUCUGCAUGGUAAAAAUAUGGACCAGGACCUUUUAAAAAAGUCAAAAAAGGACAAAAGCUUUGGUGUAUGAAUUUUAGCGUUUUAGAAAACAAUGUCUGGAUAACUAAGGUAUGUAAUUUGAAUAGGAAAAAUUUCCAUCAAGAGCACCUUGAAAAAUCUCAAUAGGUAGAAGACUAUGGUUAUAACAUGUUUGUAUCUUGUUUAACAUGCCCAGUUAAUUUUGAAUUUUUGAAAGUUUGGGGGGAAAUGGCCUAUGGAACCUAGUGUGAAGUGUUUAGUAGGCUAACCGGUAUUGAGUUGAAGAUUUUCACUGUUUAUAAGCAGAUACCGUUUGAAUGAUAUAAAUGUCAUUUACCUGCUGUCUUAAGAUGUUCACACAUACACAAAUAUGGAGAAUAAUUCUACAAUAUGGAAAUAUUUAUUUUAAUAGAGUUUCAGUUAAGUCCUAAAACAGUGUUAAAACUCUUGGGAAGGUGGAGGGUUUUUUGUUGUUUUUUUCAGUGGAAAACUGUCAAAUACAGUGUUUGGCCACCUGAAAUGGGAAUUGUAAUAGCACUAUUUUCAUGUAGCGCUACCAAUAUUAUGUGGCAAUGCUAUUCUGUCGUACUAACAAGCUCUGGAAUAUUUAGCGGUCCUUUUCACCGGCACAGGAGCCUUUUGUAUGUCAUUCACUUUAAACUUUUAAACCAAAAAUUUUGUGGUCCGGUGUCUUUGGCAAAAAGAUGCUGAAGGGAAUGUAACAUACAAUUGUUAUGUGGCUAUAUAUAAAAAGACACAAAUUGCCCUGUUAUGGUUCUGCCUUGAAACAGCACAAUGAAGCGUAUCGAUGUAUUCUGUGAUUCUUUAUGAAACUUCCAUGUUGUGUCGUUUUGUGUCAACCAUAGCCUGUCCUUUGGGCCAGAUGUGGCACAGUUAAAUGCAAGUAUCAUCUCAUUAAAUGCAGAUGCAGAUCAAAUGUCCUUUAGUGCUGCAACAUUUUACCUGACUUUUUGUAUGUUUUAUGACUGUGCGUUGUUUUCCAAAGCUGUUCCUACCUCACCAUGAGGCUUUAUGGAUUGUUAUGUAUUAUAAAUGUUCUUUAUGAGACAGACUACUGUGUUUCUUCUCAUUUAUUAAAUGUCAAGUAGAAAAAUAAACUAAUUUUAAUACCUACUUCA